CGUGAACAGAAGAGAAGCAGUCACGCCUUCAUCCUCGUGGUUUAUCUCCGCGCUCUCUGCGACUUCUAAAUUGGUGUCAUAAACAAUACUGCAAGACAUAAAAGAAAACUUCCGAGAUAGCACAUGGACUGUAGUAUGAAAGAUGACGUCAGAGCGAUAGAGGCGCCGGCAGUUAACCUACGGAGGAAAGCUUCAUUCUGAUGUUUAUGAAGCACUUGAGUACCGGAGCUUCGGAACGGUGAAAAGUGAUCGACGAUAUGGCCGUGGCUGAUAACAGCAGAUCAGUGUUGAUAAACAGCUCGAGAGAAGGUCACGAGGGGCGACACUUCUGCUCCAAUGACAUCAUUACUUCUAAAUACACCAUCUUGACUUUCCUGCCCAAGAAUUUGUUCGAGCAGUUCCGACGUCUUGCUAACUUCUAUUUCUUGUGCUUGGCUUUUCUCCAUCUGAGCAUCGACAGCCCCGUCAGCCCUUUGACCUCCGUCCUGCCCCUCUUGUUCGUCGUCUCGGUCACGGGGGUCAAGCAGGCCUACGAGGAUUGGCUGAGACACCGGGAGGACAACAAGGUCAACAACGCCCCCGCGAGGGUCCUGAGGGAGGGGUCAAUCAAGAGGGUGCGAUGGCGGGACAUAGCCGUAGGAGACAUCGUGGAAGUGGCAGACGGAGAGGAGAUCCCCGCCGACCUCCUCCUGCUGGCGGCCGAGGACCAGGAGGGCAAGUGCGUGGUCACGACGGCGAAUCUUGACGGGGAAACCAACCUCAAGACCUUCCUCUGCCCCGACGCCACACGGAAUCUUCUGGAACCGGAGAGCUUGUGGUCCGUCCAGGCUCGGGCACAAUGCCAGCUGCCCCAUGCCAAUCUCUACGACUACAAAGGAGUCCUCGAAGUGACUUACCAAGGGGACAAGUCUAACGGCUCGCUCGCGACUCAGAACCUGCUGCAGGGCGCCAAGCUCAGACACACACCCCGCGUAUACGGCGUGGCCGUGUACACAGGCAAGGAGACCAAGAUGGCCCUCAACUCGAAGCUAAAAAGCAAUAAAUUCUCCACCGUUGAGAAAUCGAUGAACUACUUUCUGAUAUUCUUCCUUUUCCUCCUAAUCUUUGAAGUUGCUUUGUGCACUAUACUCAAAUAUGAGUUGUACACGCAAGAGGUGACAAAUGAGAUGUGGUACAUCGACCUACCGACGAACGCCACGGUAACAGCUGGAGACGUCUACCAAGACAGUAUAUCCUUCCUCAUCAUCUUCAGUUACAUCAUUCCGAUUUCACUCUACGUCACACUGGCCCUCUCAUCCCCUAGAGAAUGCAGAAGUUCCUCGGCACCCAUGUUCAUGUCCUGGGACGACGACCUCCGCGGCGCGGGGGACGAGGGCGCGAGGAUCAACACCUCCGAUCUCAACGAGGAACUUGGCCAGGUACAAUACCUAUUUACGGACAAAACGGGAACGCUAACGGAAAAUAUAAUGCACUUCCGAAACUGUUCCGUCGACGGCGUCAAGUAUUCCGACGUGGCGGGAGAAAUUCAGGUCCUCGAUGAACAGACGAACUUGACGGCGCCUCUGCCUUCUUUGCCUGUUCCUCUGGUGACACUUCUCGAGACCUUGGCACUGUGCCACACGGUGCAGGUGACGGCGGUCGACAGAGCCACAGCUGAACAGACCGACUCUUCAGAUACCAUCGAACUCUCGGAGCUGAAGAACUACCAAGCAUCCAGUCCCGACGAGAAGGCGCUUGUGGAGGCUUGUGCGAGCUACGGCGUGGUGUUUGAGGGUCAGAACAACGGUCAGCUGACUGUCAAAGUGCGAGGAAAGACGAAGUUCUUCACUCUAUUACAGGUUCUUGAAUUCGAUUCUGACCGGAAGUGCAUGUCAGUUGUAGUGCGGAGUGAAGCAGACCGCAGGACCUGGCUGUUGACCAAAGGGGCGGAGAGCAGCGUGCUGAAGCGCUGUCUGCUCAGCACCCCUGAUCAGCAACGCCUGCAUGACGUCACGCUCAAACACAUCAAUGACUUCGCGAUGCUGGGACUGAGGACGCUGGCGGUGGCGCGGCGAGAGCUGACCGAGAAGCAGUACGAGGACUUCGCUGCACAGCUGUCCCAGGCCAAGCAAGUACUGGAAAACAGAGAAGAGGCGGUGAGGAAAGUGACCGACAGGAUGGAAGCGGAUCUGAACCUCCUGGGAGCCACCGGGGUCGAGGACCUCCUGCAGGACGGCGUUCAGGAGACACUCGAGUCCCUAAGGGUCGCGGGGAUCAAGGUCUGGGUGCUGACGGGUGACAAGGUGGAAACGGCUGUAAAUAUAGCUUACUCCUGCGGUCACUUUAAAAGGUUCAUGACGAUCUUGACUCUGACCGGCCUACACGACAAGGAAACCGCUGACAUCCAACUACAAGAGUACAGGGAAGCUUGCAACAACGACGGGUCUUUUGGCCUCGUGGUGGACGGCCAGUCGCUCGUUCUCCUCCUUGAACACUUCAAGGAGGAGUUCUACGCCGUGGGGAGAAGGUGCUGGUCCGUCGUCUGCUGCAGGAUGUCGCCGAAGCAGAAGGCUGAGAUAGUGCACAUGGCUAAGACGUCUCGAGAGCACCCGAUCUGCGCCGCCAUCGGAGACGGAGCCAACGACGUGUCCAUGAUCCAGGAGGCGCAUGUAGGCCUAGGCAUCAUGGGAAAAGAAGGUCGACAGGCAGUUCGCUGUUCCGACUUCGGAUUCGCCAAGUUCCGGUUCCUCAAGAAGAUGCUGCUCGUUCAUGGCCACUGGAAUUACGUUCGCGUCGCUGUCUUCGUUCAGUUCUCGUUCUACAAAAACGUUGCCUUCAAUACCCCGAUCGUUUUCUACUCCAUUUGGAAUGCCUUCUCUACGCAGAGUUUGUACGAGAGUUUGGCGCUGACCGCUUUCAACAUUACAUUCACGUCCCUGCCUGUGCUGGUCUACGGCUUGUUUGAACAGAACAUUCCCCCCGACACCCUCCUGACGCGGCCGCACCUCUACCAGCGAAAUGCCAAUAACGUUGCGAUGUCGUGGCUCAUGUUCCUCAAGUGGAAUUUCUUCGCUCUCUGGCACGCGGCUGCAAUGUUCUUCGGGCUGUGGCUCACGUGCUGGGAUGACACGUGCGGUCUACCCGAUGGCGCCACGCAGGACCUCUACGUCUUCGGCCUCGCGCUCGGGACACUCUGUACCUUCGUCACGAACAUGAAGAUUGUACUUGAAGCCAAUUUCUAUAACGUGGUGUUACUCGGGUCUCUGGUCAUCACCACAGUGGGGUAUGCAGCCUUGUAUCUUCUGUACAGCGGCAUUCCAGUGGAACCCUUCGUCAAGUACGGGAUCUACGCUGCGUAUUACCGUCUCUUCGAAAGCCCUUCGCUGAACCUCGGCUGCCUGGUGGUGGGCGUGGCGUGUCUGUUGCCCGAUCUCCUCAUGAAAGUCUUGGCUCGCUCGCUGGACCCCGAGGUUAAGCUGUGGGCGAAGGCGAAGCGCGCGCGGAAGAAGCUUCGAGGAGAGUCUUUGGUAAAGGUGUGCCAAAUAAAUGAAGCUUUUGACGCCGACGAAACAUCAGUAUCACCUGAUCACAAGCCAGAAGUACUAUAGAAAACGGGUGUGGUUUUCGGGGAUACCAUGAUAUUUUUGUACUUUCUUUUUUUCUUCUUUAAUAUGAAAUUUGCUCCAAGAGUACGGGUAUUAUGUGUUUCUUCAGAGUGUAACAAAUAUUAAUGCGUUCACUCAUAUGCAUUAAAUAAACACACACGCACAUGCACACGCACACGCACACACA